CUCCUCACUUUAAUUUCCUCUUCUGCAACCUCCAAAUCCAAACCCAUAUCAUUAUUAUAUAUAUAACACCAUCGCUACCACACUCUCCAACAACUUAAACCUUCUAAACAUAUAUAACCAAUUCACUUGUAUUUUCCCACUAAUGUUUACCUUCACUACUACUCGCUCUAACUCCACCACAUGGCCGGCUGUUAACUCUGAAUUCUCCACUUCCUAUGACACUUCCUCGCCCGUUUCUGACGCAAGUACCAGUGGAGGCGGCGUUCAUGGUUUCGUGUUUUCUGACGAGGAGGUGCUGCUGGCGGCAACCCAUCCCAAGAAGCGAGCGGGGAGGAAGAAGUUCAAGGAGACACGUCACCCUGUGUAUAGGGGUGUGAGGAGGAGGAACUCUGAUAAGUGGGUUUGUGAAGUUAGGGAGCCAAACAAGAAGUCUAGGAUUUGGUUGGGGACAUUUCCCACGGCUGAGAUGGCGGCGCGUGCCCAUGACGUGGCAGCAAUCGCCUUGAGAGGCCGCCAUGCCUGCCUUAACUUUGCUGACUCCGCGUGGCGGCUACAGUUGCCUGCCACGUCAGAUGCCAAGGCCAUCCAGAAGGCUGCAGCAGAGGCUGCCGAAGCCUUCCGACCUAGGAUGGCCUUGGAGACUAAUGACAAUUCCAAAGAAGUGGCAGUGACGGCGGCCGUGCCAAAAGAAGAGGAGCAAGGAGUGUUUUGUAUGGAGGAGGAAGAGGCCGAGACGGUGUUGGGAUUGCCGGAAUCAUUGAGAAAUAUGGUGCUCAUGUCCCCAACACAUUGCAUGGGGUAUGAGUACGGAUAUGCUGACGUGGACGUUGGUGAUACUGAGGUGUCAUUAUGGAGUUUUCCAAUUUAGUUUUUUGACUAAUGUGUUUGUCUGGUUUUGUUUUCUUUUUUGUAAUGCAUGUAUCUGUACUUGUUUUUAAUCUCUUGUACGGAUACUCUUUUGAUAAAGACUCAAACAAUAAUGCCUCUUCAUUUUCCCUUA